UUUGCUGCGCCAGCGUGCAAUUGUUCGCUCGUCGUUGGCUCCGUUGUUGGCUCCCGGCUCUGACAACGUUUCUUUGUGUGGUAUAAACACCAAAACAACCAGCUCUGACUUCAAUCGACUUUAAAGAAAAUAAAAGUUGUGCAUACGGUAAACGGUUUUUUCUGCGGUAUCGGUUAACAGUUCACUCGGCGCGUUCGCAAAGAGCUUAACGAGUGGUGAAGGAGAUUGCCAACUGUUCAACUCAACUCAACAUAACUCAGUCGAUUCGUUUGUGGCCAAAAUAGGCUCGUUAUCGUCUUGGUUCUCAAUUCAAUGUUGUGCUUUUUAUCGCCUGCGUUAUGCUAAUUACCGAAAGGAUUCAAAUCGUUGCGUACAUUAUCGGUUACAAUCUCUUUGGCAAGACGACAUCUAACGUUCUUUGAUUUCCAAUCCAAUCAAAUCAAAUCGUAAUACAAAAUCCAAAUUAUCCUCAGCGCAAAAAGUGUUAUAAUCAACAACAACAACAAAUAAAAAAAUCAUUCACACGAAACGCACACAACAAAAAAUAGAAAUAUUUAUUUUAUCAAUUUGUAAACGUGCCAAAUAUAAUUUAAUAACCCUAAUCUAUUUAUUCUGAUUAACAACGAGCUAAUAAGUUUUAACUAUAAAUUAUUAAGUCGUAAUUUUAAAUACAAACAACACACUCAAAAGCCAACGCGUCGUCGCGUAUAUAUCUAACUAGAAAUAAUAAUCAACACACACAAAAAGAGAGAUAGAGAGAGAGACACACAAGGAGAGACGCCUAGAGUUUGCUUCAAAAUGAACAAGCAACGACUUCUACUUAGUUUAAUAUUAUGGUGCCUUUGCGCUCCCAAUUUCUCGCUACGCAUACCUGAGGACCUCGAGAACAGCGCCAUCAAUGCGCUGCGCUCGGAACGCGCUCGCUCUGUGACGCCCUGCGGCCAGGGUGAGGCCAGCGCUGUGGAUGACUACGAUGUGUGCCCGCCGAGCAAAUACCGUCAGCCGACUGCCGAGUGCAACAAUGUGUCGCAUCGCAAGUGGGGUGCCCGCGGUGAUGUCUUCCAGCGUCUGCUGCAGGCCGACUAUGCCGAUGGCGUUAGUCAGCCACGCACCUCGAGCGGCACCCACGCUCUGCCCGAUGCGGAGCUGGUGAUUGAGCAGCUGCAGCGUCAUCUGGAGAGCGAAUUGCGUCACGAUCACAUCACUGCCAUGUUGCCCGCCUGGGGACAGUUGUUGGCCAACGAUCUGUACGAGGUUGGACAGCUCCCCAUCAGCGGCAAGUGCUGCCAGCGUGAGGCGAAUGUCAAGGAUCCCAGCGAGUUGCAGCAAUGCUUUGUGCGUGCUGGCCCCGAUUGCAAGGAGUACAAGCGCUCCGCUCCAGGCUACGACAACGAUGUUUGCCAGAAACAUGUGCGCGAACAGAUGAACGUGGGCUCUGCCUACAUUGAUGGCUCCGGUUUGUAUGGCGGCACACGCCAUGAGUUCGAUCAGCUUCGUACAUAUUUGAGUGGCGGUGUGAAGGUUGAGUCCUGCCGUUAUUGUCAGGUGGCUGGUGCCACGGGUGCACUGCAUCGUGCCCUGCUGCAGCAGCACAACAAUAUUGGUGAGCAGUUGGCACACAUUAACCCCGAGUGGUCCGAGGAGGAUGUCUUUUUGGAGGCUAGACGCAUCAUUACUGCCACUAUUCAGCACAUCACCUACAACGAAUUCUUGCCAUUGGUGCUGGGUCAGGAGACGACAGCCAAGGAGGGCCUAAGACUAACCGCCGAGAAGCAUUCGACCAACUAUUCCAGCUCCAUUCGCGCUGGCAUCUACAACGAGUUCGCUACCAGCGCCAUGCCCGCCUUCUGGACAAUGUAUCCACCGGAGAUGCUCGCCCAAAAGAGCUCUGCUCACGAACUGCUCUCAAUUGCCGCACUGCAGAAGUCUCUGGUGCCUAGCCAGAAGAAUGCCGAGGGCUGGUCCGAGCUGGCGUUGGCCGUUCAUCGAGGCCGUGAUCAUGGUAUUGCCUCCUAUGUGCAUGCCUUGGACAUUUGCGAGCGUCGGUUUGGCCAAAGUGGCGCAACUAAUGUGACCUUUGAUAAUCUCGCCCAACUGACAAAAAUUCCCGAAGAGCAUGUGACCAAUUUGCGUGACAUCUACCAGAACGCUGAGGACAUUGAUUUACUGGUCGGCGCUUUAAUGGAGGAUCCUGUUGUGGGUGCUGUGUUUGGCCCCACCAUCAGCUGCCUGUUGACCCAGCAGUUUGAGCUGCUCAAGCAAACUGACCGCUUCUGGUAUGAGAACGAGAUUCCACCCUCCUCCUUCAGUCUCGACCAACUGAAGAGCAUUCGCCAGACGACGCUUUCCGGACUGCUCUGCGGCUCCAACCAAGUGGAGACUGCUCAGUCCAAGGCCUUUAUACGCGAGGACAACUAUCUGAACUCCGUUUUGGACUGCGCUCAGCUGCCUAAGUUUGAUCUGCGCCCCUGGCAAAUCAAUAGCGAGGAGGAGAUUCACUUGGAACACGUCGAAGUCGAGCCCGAUACCAAGGAGGCUAUCAAGGAACUGAGCCCCGAGUUGAUUGAAGCUGCCGUUGAGCGUGCAAAGCAGGAACUCGAGGAGCGCAAACGUUUUGAAUACGAGGUGUGGCGUGCACAGGGUGGUAUUAGCGCACGCUCUCCUGAUGGCACCGCCGCCUCCUUCAGCAAGGCCAACGUUGCCGCCUUGAGUCUGGCUAAUUCCUCGUUGAUCUUCGAGCUGGCUUCCAAUGAGAUUGUCAAGUCUCUGAACAGCAUCACACGUCGCAAGCGUCAGAUCUUUAAUCCCAAUCAGAACGCCUUCAAUCGCAACGAAUUGACAGAUACGCUGCAAACCGUGGACAUUAGCUCUUUGAUUGGUGGCACUCAGCAACCAUUGGAAACAUGCCCAGAACCCUCUCAGCAGUGUGAUACCAAUACGCCUUUCCGUACACUUUCCGGCCGUUGCAACAAUCUGCGCAAUCCCAAUUGGGGCAAAUCUCUGACCACUUUCUCUCGCCUGCUGCCAGCACAGUACGAAGAUGGCAUCUCUGCUCCUCGUGUGACUGGUGUCACUGGAACUCCACUGCCAAAUCCACGUACCAUCUCCACAACCAUUCAUCCGGAUAUUUCUAAUUUGCACACACGCUACUCUCUCAUGGUCAUGCAGUUCGCCCAGUUUGUGGAUCACGAUCUGACACUAACGCCCAUUCACAAAGGUUUCCACGAGUCCAUCCCCAGCUGUCGUCGUUGCAACUCUCGCCAGACUGUGCACCCUGAAUGCAAUCCCUUCCCCGUGCCCACAGGCGAUUUCUUUUACCCCGAAGUGAAUGUUACCAGUGGUGAACGGCUGUGCUUCCCAUCGAUGAGAUCGCUGCCUGGUCAACAGACAUUGGGUCCCCGUGAUCAGGUGAAUCAGAACACUCAUUUCCUGGAUGCCUCUAUGAUCUACGGUGAGGACGUUUGCCUGGGUAAUAAGCUGCGUGGUUUCUCUGGCCGCUUGAACAGCACUGUGCAUCCCAUUCGCGGCAAGGAACUGCUGCCUCAGACUGCCACUCAUCCCGAGUGCAAAUCCCGCAACGGACUCUGCUUCUAUGCUGGCGAUGAUCGUGCUUCUGAGCAGCCAGGUCUUACUGCCAUCCACACCAACUUCUUGCGUGAACACAAUCGUCUGGUCGAGGGUCUGCGUGGCGUUAAUCCCCACUGGAAUGGCGAGCAAUUGUACCAUCAUGCACGUCGUAUUGUCAGCGCCCAGGUGCAACACACUGUCUUCAAUGAGUUCCUGCCCCGUAUUCUCAGCUGGAAUGCCGUCAAUCUGUAUGGCUUGAAGCUAUUGCCUCAGGGCUACUACAAGGACUACAAUCCAUCCUGCAGUCCCAUUGUGUUCAAUGAGUUUGCUGCUGCCGCUUUCCGUAUUGGUCACUCGCUUCUCCGUCCACACAUUCCUCGCCUCAGCGUUCAACACCAGCCUGUGGAUCCUCCACUGCUGCUCCGUGAUGGCUUCUUCCGCAUGGAUGCUCUGUUGCAGCCCGGCAUUGUCGAUGAAAUUCUGCGUGGUCUAGUUGCCACUCCCAUGGAGACUUUGGAUCAGUUCAUUACUGGAGAAGUGACAAACCAUUUGUUUGAGGAUCGCAAGAUUCCCUUCUCUGGCAUCGAUUUGAUUGCUCUCAACAUUCAGCGUGCUCGUGAUCAUGGCAUUCCUUCAUACAACAACUAUCGUGCUCUCUGCAACCUAAAGCGUGCAACCACAUGGAGCGAUCUGAGCCGCGAAAUUCCCACAGAAGUCAUCAACCGUUUCCAGAAGGUUUACGCUAGCGUGGAUGACAUUGAUCUAUUCCCUGGUGCCAUGACAGAACGUCCACUGCAAGGUGGUCUUGUUGGUCCCACUCUCGCUUGCAUCAUUGGAAUUCAGUUCCGUCAGCUGCGUAAGUGCGAUCGCUUCUGGUAUGAGAACCAGAAUCCCGAAGUCAAGUUUACCGAGGCUCAGCUGGCUGAGAUUCGCAAGGUCACACUGGCGAAGAUUGUGUGCGAGAAUCUAGAACAACCCGGCGACAUGCAGCGUGCCGCCUUCGACUUGCCCAGCAACUUCCUGAAUCCACGUGUGCCCUGCCAGUCCAUGCCUCAGAUCGACUUGAAUGCCUGGCGCGAGAAUGUUCAGGGAUGCCAGAUCGGUAGCCGCAAUGUGCGCGUUGGCGAAUCUGCUUUCCCCUCACCAUGCACCAGCUGUGUCUGCUCCGCCGAAGGCGCCCAAUGUGCUUCGCUGCGUAUCACCGACUGCGGUCAACUGAUCCGCCAGUGGCCCAAGGAGGCUAUUCUCCGUGAUGAGGUUUGCAACUCACAGUGCGGCAUCUAUUUGACUGGCCAGCAGGCUACAGGAUUCAGUCCCCAGCAACGACAGGGUCAUGCCCAGUCACGUGUCACCCGGUCCCGCAAUCAGAACCUGUUCAAGUUCCCCGACUUGACACCGUUCAUUGCAUCCUUGUAAACCGCAAAAGAGAUGAAAGAGAAAGCAGGCUUUCGUAUCGUAAACACAAUGUUGUAAAUAACUUGUACGUUCUUUACAUUAGUUUUCUACUUAUUUUGUUCGCUUACCUGAAGACUAAUUCAAUGCAUCUAAAACUGUUCGAAACAAACACAACCCCGAAUCAAAUUGUCCUCGUUCUUGUUUGGACUUUACUCAAAAUUAUGAUGUAAUGCGAUCGUUAGUUAAGCGACAACUUAUUACUUAAUUAGCAUUUUUAUCGAUAUUUGUAUUGUAUGUAAUGUAUUUUUUUACUUAAACCAUAUAAAUGUACAAUAAAUACAUGUCAAUUAUAUGUACCUAAUAAAUAAA